AUGGCAGUUGAUCUGGAUGUGGAAGAAUUGUUAAUCAUGGAAGAUUCUGAUUUGAUCAUUCGGUAUAUUCCUCGAUUCCACAACGAGUUAGCAGAUGCAUUAGCUACGUUGGCCUCAAUGCUGCCGUAUCCUGGCAACCUCCAUAUUGACCCGUUGGAAAUCCAAAUUCGAGAAAGGCAUGGUUAUUGUAAUGCAAUUGAAAUAGAACCAGAUGUUCAGCCAUGGUAUCAUGAUAUCAAAAGGUUUUUGAAAACAAAGGAAAACCCCGAGCAGGCUAGUGGAGAUCAAAAGAGAACUAUCAGAAGGUUUGCCAGCAAUUUCUUUUUGAGCGAAGAAGUUUUGUACAAAAGAACUCCAGAUUUGAAUCUUUUGAGGUGCGUAGAUGCCCGAGAAGCUGAAAAGACCAUGAAUGAG